UCACUGUAUUACGCGCGUGCAGCUAGCUGACGGAGCUGCGUGUUUUACGUGGACCUGUGACUGAGUGGAUUUUAAUAAUGCAUAAUCUCAAGCGAAGAGUAAUCACAGCCUCAGUGCUGGAGGAAUCAUGAUAAUUCGGCGACACUGAGACCCUUUCUGAGGUUUUUUCCGUAAUUUCAUUAGACUUUCGUGCGUAAAGCCUUUUGAACUGCAGAUGGAUUAUAAUCCUUUAAUGGCUCCUCCGGUUCCGCCGCAUAAACCCAAGUGCAGCCGGCCGUCGGGCUCGCAGGAGCGGCUGCUGAAGUGUGUGCUGCUCGGGGAUGGAGCUGUGGGCAAAACGAGCCUGGUGGUCAGCUACACGACUAACGGCUAUCCCACCAAAUACGUCCCUACAGCCUUCGACAACUUCUCCGCGGUAGUACAAGUUGAUGGACAGCCUUUGCGACUGCAACUCUGCGACACUGCUGGACAGGAUGAGUUUGAUAAGCUGAGGCACUUCUGCUACUCACGCACUGAUGUCCUGCUCCUGUGCUUCAGUGUGGUUAGUCCUGCGUCCUUCCAGAACGUGGGCGAGAAAUGGGUGCCUGAGAUCCGGCGGCGCUGUCCACUCACCCCCCUCUUGCUGGUGGGCACGCAGUGUGACCUGCGCGAGGAUGUCAAGGUGCUGAUCGAGCUAGCGAGGCGGCGUGAACGGCCUGUACCUGAGCAGGACGCCCGCACCCUUGCUGACAAGAUUGGCGCUGUGACAUAUGUAGAGUGCUCAGCUCUCACACAGAAAAACCUGAAAGAGGUGUUCGAUGCUGCCAUCUCUGCCGGCCUGCGCCAGUCUGAGAGACGCGCCAGGCGGGAACGCAAGGUUCUCAGCACAGCUGAUAAGAUGAAGAUGCUCUCCAAGGCCUGGUGGAAGAAAUAUGUGUGUAUCCAAUAACACGAGCCAAACUCUGAGUCAUCGACACACAUGGACAAAGUGACAAAGACUCUUGACUCAUUCAGUGCCUCAAGCAGAUGGACUGAUCAGGAGCUGUUCUCACAGGGGAGGUGUGUGUGUGUGUGUGUGUGUGUGUGUGUGUGUGUGUGUGUGUGUGUGUGUGUAUAUGGAGAGCAGUGUGUAGUCGGUGAGAUAAUUUCACUGAAGUGAGGGCUGAAGCAUGACUCGUAUCAGCCUUAGCUAUCAAGUAUCAGCUAUAAGCUGUUUUAAUUGUUACAGCUAUCUCAGCUACUCUGAACUCUGGCCAGUUCCAAGAAUUAUAACUGGAAGCUGAAGAGUGCUGAUCUCUUAAAAGAGAAACAAGAAAAAUUGUACGCUUCACUUUGUCAUACACUACUGUUGAAAAGUUUGGAAUCACUUGGAAUCAAUUAAAUUUUAUUCAACAUUCAUUAUUUUAUGUGCUAAAAAUGUUUAGAUCUAAAUAAUGUAGACUAGACAGCAUUGCAGUGGUUUGAUUGAAAACAGUAAUUAAUAAAUAAUGCAUAAUUUACAGCAGUGGAUGUUACGGCUGGGCGAUAUGGCAAAAAUAUAUCAUCACAAUACUUCAAGACAUUACAAUAUGUAUCACAAUAUUUUGAAUUGCUAAUAAAGUGGCAGGCAAAUCAGCAAUCAUUCGGUUCCAAUGGUGAUAUUACAAAAUGAGGUUUUUAACAAAGACGAGGAAACAUGUCUUACAAAAAUAGGUUUUUGCAUCCAGGUUGAGAAAUGAGCUAUUAGAAAUAACAGAGCAGGACAAUAUUAUUAAAUCACCAUGAUGUAUGCUAUAUUCUCAGGAAAGUGUAUUAUGAUGAGUUUUAUUCUAAUAUUGAUAUCCUAUUGUCAUAUCACCAUACUCUAAUGUUUAGUAUCCAGAUUUGAUCGUUGCCUUCCAAAUAGGAGGAUUUCCAUAUAAUAUCCACAUCUUUCUGGAUAUGAAUUUUAUUAUAAUGUCAGUGUCAAUGAUCAUUUACAGUUCUAGACACAUUUCUGGACAAAUUUCUCUUUUUUUUUCCAUACAUGAUUUAUAACAUAUGAAGUUUCAUAGUGCUGAUAUCAUAAGAAUCAUUUUAUAAUUGUAUCUGUGGUGAUUUCAAACUUUUGAAUGGUAGUGUACAGUAUAUCAAAUGCACAAGAUUAUAUUUAUGUCUGUUAAAUGUGUGUAUGAAUGGUUUUUUGUUUUUGUCACUUGCUCUUCAACACUGGAUCUCAUAGCUAUUCACAUUGUGAUUAUUUUUUUUCCCCUUCGAGCACACUAUGGAAUGCUCCUAAACUUCUUUAGUGCCCAUCUUUGAGCUCAUGGCACCAUGAUGUCACCUUUACAUCUUUACUGAUUUGACAGCUGUUACUGUUGAUGGCCACCCAGUCAAGACUUCUGGGAGUGUUAAGUGCUUCUCAUGUGGCAAAACAUUGUAGUGUAAAGUAUACGUUUAAUUUGUCACCUCAUCAGCGUAUUUGACAGUAACAUUCAGUAAUGAUGUGAACAUUUUUACAGAGAACUAAAUCUUCACUUCCUCUCUAAUGUCAAAGAAAAUUUAUCAGGUGUUUUAUUGCAUUUCAUAAUUAUUGUUGCAAGUAUGUUCACUAAAUCUUUGAUCGUUGGAGCGGAUUUAUUUGACUAGCACAAGACUGUGUGUGUGGUGGUUCUGUCACCUCAGCUUUAUGGUCGUGGUGUGUAUGUACUGCUCUUGGGUGUUUUAUUGGUUAACACUAGCUUUAACAUUUGUCAUUGUGGUACAAUAGGCUUUAAUUGACACUGGGGUGUGUGAUGUGUUAGUGACAAGCCUGAAUAUGCAGUUCCCUGGUUGCAUUUUCUCACUUUGGACUAAAUGUAAUUGUAUUGGUUAGCCGAUGAGUGGGACAUUUGCUUCUCAUUAUUCAGAAGCCAUUUUUUCUCUUUCAGAAGUUUGAAGACCUUUGGAGAUUAGCUAUAAACUCGACAACAGAGUUAUCAAACAGGUAAAAUGAGAUUGACUGACUGUGCUUAGUGUGUACAGUACGUUUCAGUGCCAUAACUUUAUCAGGGUACAUCAAUGUAGAGUUAUACAUUUUUAUAACUGUAUAAAAUUAUCUUUCUGUUCUUGUAUGAUCAUUCCCUAUGGUAUACAUCUCAGUUAUGGAUUAUUAUGGCAAAUAAACUUGCUUCUUUGAACUAAAA